AUAUUUACACAUUUAGAUCGAUGUGUAUCAUUUUUUUUUAUUAUUUAUAUUUUUUCGCAAUGUGAUCUUACGACUGGGUGACCGUAAAUCGUUAUCGUUUGACCCGUUCGAAACUACUUAAGCCUCGAAUCCCGGUGGGGUCCCAGUUCCAGAGAUAAUCCGUCUUCGAGCACUCGUUCCUUUUUCCACCUAGUUCUUAAUUAGUUUAAGUUAAUUUAAAUCCAGUUCGAAAAGGCUUAAGCAUGUAUAAGAUCGUAGCGAGAACGCAUCGCGUUGUACCUAGGUUGUCCGGGUUGCGGUGCUUCAGCAGCGCAGCUCGUCCGGAUGAUCCACUUUUUCCAAGGAAGGAUGACUUCCCCAGCAGACACAUCGGCCCCAGGGACCGCGAUAUCGUUACUAUGUUGGAUUUAUUAGGAUAUAAAAGUCUUGAUGAGUUGACCGAUAACGCAGUGCCGAAGAGGAUUAGUCUAAACAGGCCUUUGGAAAUCGAGGAACCGACGAAUGAAUAUGACCUUAUCAAUCGGAUACGCAAGGUGGCCGAGCGCAAUCAAAUCUGGCGCUCGUACAUCGGCAUGGGUUAUCACAACUGUUGCGUACCGCACACGAUAAUGAGGAACAUUUUCGAAAACCCAGGCUGGACAACGCAAUACACACCAUACCAAGCGGAACUUGCGCAAGGCCGUCUCGAAGGACUCCUCAAUUACCAAACCAUGGUUUCGGAACUGACUGGUUUGGAGGUGGCUAACGCUUCUUUACUGGAUGAAGGCACUGCUGCCGCUGAAGCCCUUUCCCUAUGCUUCAGACAGAACAAGAGGAGGAAAAUGUUGAUCUCCGACAAGAUUCAUCCGCAAACAGUUUCCGUUGUAGAAACCCGCUUGAAAUCUUUAGGUCUAAAUAUGGAGAUCGUCAACGUUAUGGAAGCAGAUUUCUCGAACCAUGACAUUGCUGGUGUCUUGUUCCAGUAUCCGGAUACUGAGGGAAACGUUUUGGAUUUCAGCACUGUAGCUGAAAAUGCUCAUAAUAAUGGUACACUUGUCUGUUGCGCUACCGAUUUGUUGAGUUUAACGCUGCUCAGACCACCUUCUGAAUUUGGAGUGGAUAUUGCUGUGGGCACUUCUCAAAGGUUCGGAGUUCCUUUGGGAUACGGUGGUCCUCACGCUGGUUUCUUUGCCUGCAAACAGUCUUUGGUUAGACUGAUGCCAGGAAGGAUGAUUGGGGUUACCAGAGAUGCUGCAGGUCGCGACGCUUACAGGCUAGCCUUGCAAACUAGGGAGCAACAUAUUAGAAGGGAUAAAGCCACAAGCAACAUUUGCACUGCUCAAGCUUUAUUGGCAAACAUGUCUGCAAUGUACGCCGUUUACCACGGACCGCAAGGACUUAAGGAUAUCGCAACAAAAGUUCAUAAUUUAACACUGGUGUUAAAACAUGGAUUAACUAAAGAUGGAAAUAAAAUUACAAAUGAUUUGUUCUUCGAUACUUUGAGAAUUGAGCCUAAGAUCGAGUUGGAUGAAGUUAAGGCUAGGGCUCAAGAGAAGCAAAUAAACGUCAGGUAUUUUGAUGAUGGGGCAGUUGGUGUUUCUUUGGAUGAAACCACUAGGGUCGAGGAUUUGAACGAUCUGUUCUACAUCUUCGGAGGUGCGCAAAAGGCAGAAGACCUUAUCAACGAUCCGAAUGGUAUGAGGGACGGUUCCAUACCGAGGAGCGAGUUUAACAGGACUUCGCCGUACUUAACGCAUCCCGUCUUCAAUUCGCACCAUUCGGAAACUAGGAUCGUCAGGUAUAUGAAGGUUCUCGAAAAUAAGGAUUUGAGUUUGGUGCAUUCCAUGAUUCCGUUGGGGUCAUGCACGAUGAAACUGAAUUCGACUACGGAAAUGAUGCCGUGCUCCUUCAAGCAUUUCACGGACAUCCAUCCGUUCGCACCGCUCGAUCAGUCGCUCGGCUACCAACAGUUGUUUGCAGAACUGGAGCGUGAUCUGUGCGCAAUCACCGGGUACGAUAGGAUCAGUUUUCAGCCGAACAGCGGCGCCCAGGGAGAAUACGCUGGAUUGAGGGCGAUUCAAAACUAUCACGAGGCCAAAGGGGACAAGCAUAGAGAUGUGUGCUUGAUUCCUGUGAGCGCGCACGGAACGAAUCCCGCUAGCGCCCAGAUGGCCGGUAUGAGAGUGGAGGCGGUCAAAGUGAGGCAGGACGGGUCCAUCGAUAUGGAAGACCUGAAGAUGAAAGCUGAUAAAUUUAAAAACAGGUUGUCCUGUUUGAUGAUAACAUAUCCAUCGACAUUCGGAGUGUUCGAGGAGACUGUGGCUGAUGUCUGCGAGAUAAUACACAAGAAUGGAGGACAAGUGUACUUGGACGGAGCUAAUAUGAAUGCUCAAGUAGGUUUAUGUCGCCCAGGGGAUUACGGCAGCGACGUAUCCCAUCUUAACCUGCAUAAAACAUUCUGCAUCCCUCACGGAGGUGGCGGCCCCGGCAUGGGUCCUAUCGGCGUGAAAUCACACUUGGCCCCAUUCCUGCCAGGUCAUCCGGUCGUCAAUCCACUUGGAGCUAACUCGAACUCGAACUAUGAGGUCGUCAGCGCAGCUCCGUUCGGGUCAUCGGCCAUCCUUCCAAUCUCCUGGGCUUACAUAAAAAUGAUGGGACCUAGAGGACUUCGGAAGGCAACGCAAGUGGCCAUCCUCAACGCCAAUUACAUGUCCAAGCGAUUGGACUCCCACUACAACACGCUGUUCAAAGGACCGACAUCGAAGCUCGUCGCCCACGAAUUCAUAAUCGAUAUCAGAGACUUAAAAAAGACAGCGAACAUUGAAGCUGUUGACAUUGCCAAACGAUUAAUGGACUACGGCUUCCACGCGCCGACUAUGUCCUGGCCCGUUGCCGGAACUCUAAUGAUCGAACCAACAGAGUCCGAAGAUAAACAGGAAUUGGACAAAUUUUGCGAUGCGCUCAUCUCGAUUCGCGAGGAAAUCAAGGAAAUCGAAGAAGGAAAAAUGGAUAUCCGCAUCAAUCCGUUGAAGAUGGCCCCGCACACUCAAGAAGUCGUCAUAAACAGCACCUGGGAAAGACCCUACACUAGAGAAAAGGCGGCUUUCCCCAUUCACUUCAUCAUUCCUGAAACGAAAAUCUGGCCCACCGUUUCCAGGAUAGACGACAUCUACGGCGAUAAACAUCUGGUCUGCACUUGUCCUCCAAUUUUGCCAGAAUACGACUAUUAGAAAGAAAGAAAAACAGAAGAAAAAUCCAACAACAUUUAUUGAAUCAACCUCGCUUUAACAUUCUUAAGACGUGGCACAGCUUUUCCGAUGUACAAACAUUUUUCAUUCUUACCAAUAUUAUUAUUUUUUUUUGUCCUGUGCUCGAUCACAGAAUCAAUUA